AGCUGAAACGAGACCCCCUCCCCGCUCUCGGUGGAAGUGCACAGCGCUCCGGGAAGAGGCGGCCGUAGCGCAGAGGUCACCGUCCCCGUCCGCCGCGGAGGUGCGGAGUGCGGCUGCACCGCUCCGAGAGCGCUGCCCGGCAGGUAAGGAGCAGCGCCGUCAGCACAGCGCGCCGGGACCGGCAGCACGCGGGAUGGGAGUGGUUUGCCCGCAAACGGGGCUGUGGCAGAGCUGAAGAUGCCGCUGUCUCCUUAACCCUGGAACCAAGAUUUAAUUCACGCUUUCAAACAGAGAUUCAAUCCACUCAGAGUAGUUUCUACCCAGACGUCAUACAAAUUUCAUUCAAAAGAAGACACGGGGAAUGCUCUCCUAAUCUUUGACAAUCAGUGUUCAUGUGUUAAUCGUCACUGUACACUGCAAGGGUGCCACCGGAGCAAAGAGCAGUUAUCGCUUUCCUGAAGUCAUUGCUUAGGGGCAGCGGGAGGGUGAGGGGGGAACGGAGAUGCUAUGAUUUAUGCUUUGACAGACAUUUUUAACGUCACGCUUCUUUAAUGACAGAGAAGCAAAGACAUAAACGCGCACGGAACGGGCAGAGCACCAGAAGUUCAGCAUUGCCGCCAGCAGCCCCGGAUGCCACCUGCGUGCAGCCCCGCAGCUGCGCUGGGGGUGACGGCGGGGCAGAGCUCCCCGGUCCGCAGCACCGUUACCGGCCUGCUGUCCCCGCUCCUGUCUCCCUGCUCCUGCUCUGCCCGCUCCCGUCUCUCUGCUGCUGCUCUCCUUUCUCCCGGACCCCUCGCCGUCGGGAGAGAAGCGGCUUCCGCGGAGGAAAGCGCCAGGAGCUCCUCCUUCCCCGUCCCCGCCGUCAGGUAUGUAACACCAUUGAUGUGGGUUAUAAACCUCAGCUACUGAAAACAACAGUUCUGUGUUUAAGGAAGUUGCUCUAGCAGGGAUAUACAGCCCCGAGGUGCAUAGCAAAGAGGAGAAGACACUUAACGAAUAGCAAAGGGAUGUGAAGUUAUCUUCCAAGAUGACUCUUCUACCUGGAGAAAAUUCUGAUUAUGACUAUAGUGCCCUGAGCUGUGCUUCAGAUGCUUCCUUUAACCACACGUUCUUCCCAGAAACAGAAACCCUCAAGGGCGUCUUUUACCAAAGAGCCAAGCUAAUUCACCCUGAAGAGGAUCUCCUGAAAGGCUUUCACCCUGAUGAUCGGAAGCAUCAUAUUAUUAUAAACGUAGGGGGCAUUAAGUAUUUGCUCCCGUGGACCACGCUUGAUGAAUUCCCAUUGACACGCUUGGGACAGCUAAAAUUCUGCAACAAUUUUGAUGAUAUCCUAAACAUCUGUGAUGAUUACGAUGUGACAUGCAAUGAGUUCUUUUUUGACCGCAACCCCGGAGCAUUCAGGACAAUCCUGACCUUUUUGAGGGUUGGAAAACUUCGGCUCCUGCGUGAGAUGUGUGCGCUGUCUUUUCAAGAGGAGCUGCUCUACUGGGGAAUUGAGGAAGACAAUUUGGAUUGGUGUUGUAAGAGGAGGUAUCUGCAAAAAAUGGAGGAGUUUACAGAAAUAAAUGAACGGGAGGAUGAUCUUAUAGAAAAUGAAACAACAGGUGAAACAGUAGAGGAGACAAAAAUUGGCUUGUGCAUGAAAAAGUUGCAAGACAUGGUAGAACGACCCCAGUCUGGCCUCCCUGGGAAGGUGUUUGCUUGUUUGUCUGUUUUAUUUGUAACUAUUACAGCAGUGAAUUUGUCCAUCAGCACCAUGCCUGACCUGAGGGAGGAGGAGGAUAAGGGUGAGUGUUCCCAGAUGUGCUACAAUAUUUUCAUUGUGGAGUCUGUCUGUGUGGCAUGGUUUUCACUGGAGUUCCUGCUGAGAUUCAUCCAGGCAAAGAACAAGUUUGCAUUUUUGAGGAGACCGUUAACUCUGAUUGACAUAAUAGCUAUUUUGCCAUAUUACAUCACUUUGCUGGUAGACACCACUUCAGUGGGCUACAAGAAGCCCAGCUCUGGGAGCAUCUACCUGGACAAAGUCGGUCUGGUCCUCCGAAUACUCCGUGCCUUGAGGAUUCUGUACGUCAUGCGGCUGGCCAGGCACUCCCUGGGGCUGCAGACGCUGGGGCUGACCGCCCGCAGGUGCACCCGGGAGUUUGGGCUCCUGCUGCUCUUCCUCUGCGUGGCCAUCGCACUGUUUGCACCACUCCUGUACGUCAUUGAGAACGAGAUGGCGGACUCGCAGGAGUUCACCAGCAUCCCUGCGUGCUACUGGUGGGCUGUCAUCACCAUGACCACGGUAGGCUAUGGAGAUAUGGUUCCCAGGAGCAUUCCCGGCCAAGUGGUGGCACUGAGCAGCAUACUGAGUGGCAUCCUCCUCAUGGCAUUCCCAGUCACUUCCAUCUUCCACACGUUCUCUCGCUCCUACAUUGAGUUGAAGCAAGAACAGGAAAGAAUUAUGUACAGGAGGGCACAAUUCUUAUUAAAAACAAAGUCUCAGAUAAGCAAUGCAUCACAAGGGAGUGAUAUUUUAUUCCCAAAUAUCUCCACUGACAACAGGGCAAUGAAUGACAUUUAAGUUACUGUUUUUCCUCAUGUCAGGUAUUGUUCUGUUGUAUCAGAUUCCAUCUUUUACUUUGCUUUGAAAGCAUUUUGCAAAGGUAAUCCUCAUUUUGAAAGGAGGAAAAGGGGCCAUCAACCAGGAACUGAUGUGGUUUAAGAAGUCUCCAAUCAUGCUGUUUCUUCCCCCCAACCUCCCCAGUAUUAUGCAAAGGACAGGGAACACACAGUGGGAUUUUAGGGAUGAGAAGUUCUCUGACAAAAAUAACAUAUCAUUCUGUACUCCAGAGGAUGUUUUGUCUUUUGUACUGCACAUUUUUUCCAACUGAAUCACAAUGUAUAUAAUCAUUAAGCAGGCUGUCAUUUUUCUUGUAUAUAAAUAAUGUAAAUACUACAAAAUUAAUGGCUAAAUUCUCUCCCAGUAAAAUGCCUUAGAGUAUGAUCGAAAUAACCACAGAGGUUUGUCCCACUGUGCUCUUAAAGAACAUUAAGUCAGAUUCAUUAUUUACAACAGCAACCGUACGUUUCUUUGUAAGUCAGCCCUAAACAUGACAGGAACAAAAAAGAACCGAGCUGUUUGUAUCAUAACCUCACUGAAGAUGCAAAUGCUUAGAGCACAUCAGCUUCAAAAUUUAAAUGAAGUUACAAUAUUGAUCCCGUGUCACUGAAUGCAGGAUUCCAAGGAGCAGCCUUUUGAGUUUUGUAGCAUUUAAUAUUAUCAAGGGGAGACUAGCUGCAAAUCAAAUGAAAUAUGCAUGGUAAGAUGCCAGUCGUUCCCUACCAUCUGUUUCCAUGUUUUUACUUUACCUCAGCUAUGAAACAGAAUUAAGAGAGGCCUGUUUCCAGGGAACACCCUACUGUUGCUUGACAAAUCAAUAUUGCAGCUACCCAUUCACAUUCAGCGUUGCGUUCUUUAGAAGGAGCAGAAAAUAUGUGGUCGUGGGAAGUUGCCAAUGAUGAAAAAAAAAAAAAAAGAAAAUAUCAUUUGAGUCAUGGAGUGGGGGGUGCUGACAGCUUUAUCCUUUCCCGUCCUCAGUCAUGAGGGACUUAAGAGUUGAUUAACUAUACCUUUCCCAGUAUUAAAGACAUCAUAGUAACGGAGAAAACUGAAUAGGUUAUGAAAAGGCAAUUAAGGCCAUAGAACACGACUGUAUAAUAUUUAUCCACAUCCACAAAUUAUUAUAUUAUGGUCCAGGUUCCCCACUGACAUCUGAGGCAGUACCUGUGUCGGGGAGGAGCUCAGGUUUGGCACCUGCCCAUAUGCGGAUAAAUGUCAGACUUCCCAUUUGUUGUGGUUUGCAUAACAAUGCAGGAGACAAACACCAGAACUUCAAAAAAAAAAAAAAAAAAAAAGUACGCAGUUCACUUGUUUGACUUCAUGUGUAAUCAGAGGUGAAGAAAAGAAACUCGUGAAUUACACUUCCCCCCCCCCCCCCCUCCAUUAACUGUUAGGAGCUAGGGAGAUUUGGAAGUUCCCAUCACAUUUACUAAUGCUUCUCUACUCCAGUUUGCAGAAGCCCUGCCUGUUGCUUACUGGCCUUCUUACUGAGCAGGCUGCUGGGAGUGCCAGCAUGCAUGGUGGUUUGGUGUUUUAGAUGAGGGCCAAGCUUUUAGAUGAGGGCCUCAAUUCUGAGGAACAGAAUUUGUUCCUCAGCCCAAGCUAGUUGGUCAAACCCUUGUGCUGGUUUUCUUCUCAGAUUUCUUAAAUGAAAUUUGAAGGUGUUUUGCUAUGCUUACUUUUAAGAAAUAAUUCCCAAACUGUAAAAAGUGCUCUUUAUAACUAAUUAGGGCUCUAAAAAUCUUCUGUCAUAGAAAAAUACGCCUAUGGAGCAUUCCUACAGAGAGCUAACAUACCCAGCAUAAACUCUUGGCAAUUAAUUAUGUGCCAGAGCUAGGAACGUAACCAGCUUUUCACUCUUAUUCUUCAGCUUUAAUUAGAGUUGGAUAAAAAACAGGAACAUUGUGACAAAAAGGGACACGUUUUCCAUCCAGAAUACUCUUAAUUUAAAAAAUGUUUGAUCAUCUGUAGCAUUGGCUUCAAUACAAGUGCUAUACAUCCUUCUCCUUUUGUGUCAGCAUUCAUUACAGAAAGAAGUGGUAAUUAGAUUGGUCCUGUGAGUGACAGUUGCCUAUCACUGACUGUGUGUGACAGGCUGAGCCAUACGUUUGGAAGUGAGAAGGGAGAAACCGAGACUCACCAAACAAAACCUAAGCUUAUUUCCCUUUAAUUCUAGCUAACAAAUCCAUCCAUUUUUUCCAGUGUGUCUACAUUGAGUUAAUGGUCAUUUAUUUUGUGUGUCACUUUAUUUUAAUCCCAGAAUAAUAACUUGAUUCUCAAGUCCUUGUCCAGAAAAAAAGAGAUCACUCUGAAGCUGGGUGUUGGUAGAGCAAACCUGUGACAGCAUCCCUCCUGCUGGGAGCUCUGCCUGAGCCGGGAACAAAUCAGCCUGGCAGGAUGUACCCCUAUAUAGUUUUGUACUUGGCAGCACAUCACUUGUAAGCGCAUCAACACGUCUCGCUAUGAAUCACUGUAACAAACUUGCUUCUGUUUUACACAAGGUAACGCAUACUGUAGUCCUUAUGCUAAAUAAAUCCAGAUAUACAUCUUAAGAGCACAACAUUAGUAUGAAACCCACAUGCUGCGUUCUAGCUUUUACUGUGAAGGCGGAACAUUUAAGGUGAUUAUGCCUCUUUAGAGUACAUUAUCUGAGAUUUUAGUCAAAUUCGUGAAAAUUAUGGAUCGAUUCAAAAGCUGACUGUUUCCAGUGACACAGCUGACAGCUACCAAGUCAGCUAUCACUCCUCUUUUACAUUUUAACAGCAUGUGCAACCAACAAGAAUGUCCCAAUAAAAACACUUUGUGCUUUUAUGAAGUCAAAAGAAUGUAAGAAUUCCCACUGACAGAGUGGUGCAUGUCUCCAAUAGAGAUAGGCCUGCAUUGCUAUUUAUAUUAACCUGUGUAUACUGCAGAAGUACAUACAGUAGGAAUACAAACAGCAAUAGUUGUAUUAAUUUUGAGUAAUGAAGUGUUAGGCUCUCCUUUUCUUUCCAUGUGCUUCUUAAGGUGUGGAAGUACUGUCACAAGUGCUAUAGGCAGGCACGACCACCUGCAGGAGGUGAGAAGUGAACAGCAGCUGAUGAAGGGUUUGAGCAAUGAGCAUCACCAGCUGAAGCACACUGGCUUCAGAAAAUAUAAAGCAUUUAUUAGAAAAUUAAGUUACCUGAGUAUAGAAAAAGCUAGGCAUCAGUUCAACGGCCUCUACUGCCUUAAAUGAGGUCUGGGAAGGGGUGGAUCCUGGCUCCAGCCCUUCCAUCACUCAGUACACUGCAUGUAUCUGAGCUCCCCUGGGCUGGCCCUGCCUUCCCACCAGGUGCUCCAUCACUGCUUCAGGCCGUGACUCAGCAUUUCUGCUACAGUGAGUUGGAGCGUUGCACUUCUGUUACAGGUUGAGGUUUUAGGGAAAUUUCUCUUUAGAACAUCUAUGGGACUUGUCUCCAUUUGCUCCUUUAUAUUUUUUCGCUGUAAUUCAGAACUCCUGACUUCCAUACUCAGUGGUCUUAGUGGUGUCAUUGAAGACUCAUAGGCUUUAGCAAGUCUGAUUAAGCAACAACAGUUAUACAGAACUGAAACAUGAGUUUGCACGUCAUCAGAUACAUGUCUGGGAAGGAAAAGCAGCAUGCUGUAUACAUUCAUGACUUGUUUGGGUAGAACUUAACUGAGUACAAAUGGCCAAUGCAAAAGCAAAAGAAGUUUUGCUGCAGAAGUUUCUCAUUCCUACCGCUGCAGCUCUCUGUGUUACUGCAACCAAAGUUUGUGGGAGUCUCUCAGUGAACAAAAGCUCACCCCUCAGUCUUCCCCCUUCAGGCUGUAGACAGACUCAGCCAAAAUUUGUGUUAGACCUUUCCCAAAGUGCCUGAAGUCAUGGCCUCAUUGCCAAAAGCCCUAGAUCACCACUGGCAAAUGUGAAGUCUUCCCAAUUUUUAUUUUUUAAAUGGAGCCUAGAAUGAGGCAGGUCCCUAAUUCAGGUGUAUCAUUAGAAGAUCAGUGUUAGGUCAGAUGAAUUGGAGCCUCAUUCUUCAAAUGCACAGAACCACCAACGUCUACCAGCACCAACUUGUAUUAUUUAUCCUUCCCAUACCUGAUUCCUGACAUGUGGGUAUCAGGGAACGAGGAGUACUACACAGAGCCCUGGUCAAGGAGGUCACUCUGGGCUGGCCAGGGACAGUGUGAAUCAAUGCCAGUGGCAAACAGAGCGGUUCUUGGCAGUUCGUGCCUAAAAUAGGCAGUUCUUUCCUAAAAUAGUUCUGUUCUCCACAAUUACUGACUUUUUUUUCCUUUUGGCUUAGUUAAGAAAAAAGAUUGUUAAGUUAAAGCAAGAGGAAAGGAGCAGACCCUUCUUGUAACAAAGCUGUAAAACUUCACAUCCUUCCCUUGGAUCUACAACAGGCUGAAAACUAGACUGGAUGCCCACAGUCCUACAGAUGUAACUGACUGUGUUUAAUCAGGAAUUAAAUGAAAAAAUGACAAAGGUGACUUUGAAGACUGGGAGUCUUGAAGUCUCUGUUCAUGCAUCAUUCAGUGCUCCAAUAGUAUAUAUCUCUUUUUUUUUUUUUCCCUGCAUUAAUAGUUGCUAGUUUCCUUGUGCAAGAUUUACAGGAAUUUGGUAUUUAUUUAUCCAAAAGAUGAGAUCUAUACCAAAAAUACAGAAAUAAAGCCCAGAGUGCAAUGCCUUCUGAACUGGUGGAACUGCAGCAUCCCUGGGCUGUUUAGAGAGUAGGACUGCAACCUGCAGAAAGCAGGCAGAACUGAAGACAUGGGCUAGAGUUCACAACAGGGGGUGAGCAUCACUCCCAACAACAAAAUACACUCCAAAUGUUCUAUUACUAGCACAGAAAAAAAUGCUUAACAUAAGAUUUACCCACUCACUUACCACUUGCUCCGUGAUAUCUUAAUAAGCCAAAUUCAGUAUUGCUAAUGAUCUCAGCAUUGCUAACAUAGAAAUGAUCAUUUAAAGGACUGGAAAGUGAAGAUCAGCUCAGAUCCCACCUGACACUCCAGUGAGGCACUUCAUCUCUGUGUGCGUUGUCUCAUCUUGUGACAUUAGAUUGUAAGUCCCCAGGACAGUGUUCCUUGUUUGGGAUCAGUCAGCAGGACUAUGUAAAAUCAUACACCACAAAUAAAGAUAAAUUCACAUCCCACAAAUAAAGGAGAAUGUUGCCUGCACUGCACUGACAAACUUAAAAUGGUCAGUUUGGCUUAAUAAUUAUUAAAAAUAAAACCAGAACUUCCUCCCUUUU